AUGUCUAACAUAUAUCCACCCAGAGCUCGUCGUUUCGUUGACGGAACUUUGGUCAUUCGUCCAAGAUAUUAUGCAGAUCCAGGACCAGAAGGUUAUUAUCCGGAAUUACAAUAUCCCAUUCAAACUAGAUUAGGUAUAAGAUAUAGUUCUUUCCUUCAGAAACAGGUUUACAUACAGUUAAAUGCUGUAUUUAUGAGUGGUUUGAGACCAACUUACACCGAAAAGGAUCUGAGAAACAUUCUGAACGAUAUAUCCACUAAUAUACGAUUUGAUUGUUUUCAUCCUCAUAAAUCUAGAAAUGGUAAAAUCACUUGUAUGGAAUUCCAAUCUGCUAAACAAGCUGAUGAAGUGAUCAUAUUUGCUAAUACCCAUCGAACCCUCUUCAGUGAUGGUGAUUUUAUAGCUAGAUAUUCUGACUGGUACGCUAGAGGGGUCAACGCUGAGUCCACCAGAGAUAUCCUUCUUGUUCGAGAAGAACUCGCUCUUAGUCCACCUUAUACCCCUCGAUCAUUCGAAUGCUUCUCUUUCGAUCCUCGAAAGUCGUCCUCUGCUGAAGUAAGGAGACGCCAAACGCCAAAGCUCCCUGCUGAAGAUUACGAAUCUACACGUGUUUCAUCAAGCUCCUAUCAUCCGUAUUCAAGAAGGCAACAUCCCUCUGAUGCCUCCUACUCACAAGAAAAGUUUUAUACACCCUCAAGAGCUGUCAACGGACCUGUCAAAAGACCUAGCAGUCGAUCGUCGUAUUCAUCUUCAUUCGGGAAAGAAGUUGGCUCCAUUAGUUCAUAUCAAUCUGGACUCAAAGAUCCUAACAUGUCAGGCGAAUUCAACGGAUUCAGACAUCCUGAGACUCCUCUCACUCCUAUUUGUCGACCUCUUAUCGAGCGUAUUGCCAUGUGCUCUUUACCUGGAGUGACUAUCCCUUCACCUCGACAUUUAGUUGUGCACGUAGAAAAGGCUUUCGAGAACACGGCGACCAAUUCCUAUUCUUCCUAUUCACAGAAUCAUCAAUACUCCAGGAGUCAUCAUACAGCUCCGCAUCGAUCUUCUAAGGACAGGAAAUCUAGAUCUUCCAAUCACCGUUCGGAAUUGCGAUCGAAAACUUCUGAUAAGGGUCUUGCAAAACAUUCAUCUCAUUCCAAAAGGGAGAGGUACCGCCAUGAAAGAGGAGAGAACGAACCAGAUGGUAAAAGUUUUCACAAAUCUGAAGACGGAUUGGGAGCGAAAGCACAUAAUCCACAUCAUCUCAUGAAAAGCUUGGAAAGUUUCAAGCAUCAUUUCGAGUCAGCAAGCAGUAAACCUGCACAUAAACCGAGAUAUGUCGCCCUCUCAGUUGACAAGAAGGAAUUGAUAUUUGCAUGUACUAGGCAGGAGGCCAAAGAAGCUCUCGCUUCUUGUGUAUCUGGAUCUGUUGAGAAGGAAGAAGAAUCAAGAGUUCAAGUGGAUAGUGUGGCGGUCGAUAAUGCCGACGCUGAAGAAAGAUUAGUUGAACAGCCAAGAGGACUUUGUCGAGGGGCCAAUACAGCUGAAAUAGGAUGCAAUUCCUUGGUAUUUGAACCCGAAGGGGAAUCUAUAAGUACGCUUGAAUACUUUAUCGAUAAAGAAGGUUGUGAAAUGGCUCAAACAGUAGAAAAUAUGGAAAUAAAGAUGACUGGACAUUCGACCUUAUCGACGGAGAUUCGUGCCAAAGAUCUUACUGACUGUACUGAAGCUGGAAUACAGAAUCAAGACAACAUGAAUAUCUGUUCAAUCAGUAGUGACCGUAAACACAUUCAUGGGAUUCACAAGAUCAGUGAACUUCCAUCAUAUAUCAGGAAGAUGAUGGGGAUUGAACUUUGUUGGACUUUAACUGGUAAAUUAAGUGAUAAAUGGGAUGCGUUGUUCAACAAAACCGAAAUCAAAAUCAAUGUCGACGGUGAAGAUGAAAAUAAGAAGUCUAGUUUGCGGGUAUUGAAAUUGGAAAGCUUUGCAAGUGAACAAGAGGUUGAAGGCGUUUUAUCCGAACGUGAAAAUAACGAUGAUGGCGAGUUUCAAGAUAAGAUGGGGGAAAAGCAGCGCAGAAUUAUCAUUUGA